AUGAACGCAACUGAACACGAUGUAGCAGCAGAUGGAGCGUUUCUAUCCCAGGUGGAUCCUAUCAGGAAUCCCUUCCGAAGGGCCCUGGAGCAGUCUGUCCAGCCCACAGAAACCUCUAAAACACUACUGGCCGCAAAUGCAUAUUCCCAGGCUGUUACUGAGACCAGUGAAACUCAGCUGAGGAGAGCACAGCAGCCCAUUCAGCUGCAGAAACUUCCACCGCCUGAGGUCAGCCCAAGCUGGAGAGGAGCAAACAAAGUUACAACACUGUCCUCUGGGCAGGUCUCUGCAGGAUUCCAGAUUGGGAGUCUGUCUGCUAACUGUUCUUCACUCAUUGUUUUUCUCUUAGGAACUGGUGAAAGUGGGAAAAGCACCUUUAUCAAGCAAAUGAGGAUAAUCCAUGGGUCUGGCUACAGUGAUGAAGAUAGAAAGGGCUUCACGGAGCUGGUUUACCAAAACAUAUUCACUGCCAUGCAAUCCAUGAUCAGAGCAAUGGACACCCUGAGAAUACAAUACGUGUGUGAGCAGAAUAGGGAAAAUGCCCAGAUCAUCAGGGAAGUGGAAGUAGAUAAAGUCUCUUCACUCUCCAGGGACCAGGUGGCAGCCAUCAAGCAGCUGUGGCUGGAUCCAGGCAUCCAGGAGUGUUAUGACAGGAGGAGGGAGUACCAGCUGUCGGACUCUGCUAAGUAUUACCUGACUGACAUUGACCGAAUCGCCAUGCCCUCUUUCGUGCCAACACAACAGGAUGUGCUUCGUGUUCGAGUGCCCACCACUGGCAUCAUAGAGUAUCCAUUUGACUUGGAAAACAUCAUCUUCCGGAUGGUAGAUGUUGGUGGCCAGCGAUCUGAACGACGGAAAUGGAUUCACUGCUUUGAGAGCGUCACCUCCAUCAUUUUCUUGGUUGCUCUGAGUGAAUAUGACCAGGUUCUGGCUGAGUGUGACAAUGAGAACCGUAUGGAAGAGAGUAAAGCCUUGUUUAAAACCAUCAUCACCUACCCCUGGUUUCUGAACUCAUCUGUGAUUUUGUUCUUAAACAAGAAAGAUCUUUUGGAAGAGAAAAUCAUGUACUCUCAUCUAAUUAGCUAUUUCCCAGAAUACACAGGGCCAAAGCAAGAUGUGAAAGCUGCCAAGGACUUUAUCUUGAAGCUGUAUCAAGACCAGAACCCUGACAAAGAGAAAGUCAUCUAUUCUCACUUCACCUGUGCUACUGACACUGAGAAUAUUCGCUUUGUGUUUGCUGCUGUCAAAGACACAAUUCUACAGCUAAACCUACGGGAAUUCAACUUGGUGUAAAUGCUUAGUCCACUCCUCCCAGAGGGUGAUCUGAGCUCUUCCUGCCUAUCCUACAAGUGCUUCUGACCAUUUGGGCCAGGAUCCAAGGACAUUAUGUAGACCACAAGAACAGACAUGGGUAGUGUAACUUCAAAGUUACUUGCUUUACCAAUCCUCAUAAGUGUCUUUAAUUCUUGAUUGUCUUUUCUUACCUUUUGGCUGCAAGACUAGGUAUAAUUUUUGAGUUUGGUAUUUUACUGAAUUUUAAAAGGCCACUGUGAUCCCCUGCCACAUAAUGGAGGGGCCUUGUCAAUUUACACAUCAUGCCUUCAGAUGUCUAGGAUUAAUUUGGGUGACUAAAACAUCUUAAUAGGCUUGAUUUAAAGAAAAAGAAAAACUUAAAGACAUUGCUAACAUCUCUUUCCCUCAUCUAACAUUCUAUCAAACAACCAAAGACUUCUUUCUAUGCCCCCCCUCCCCAACCAUCUUUGGUUGUUUUAAUUCUUUAAUUUUAAAGACAGGACCUGAAGUAGCUGAGACUAGCUGCCAAUCUACAUUUGCUACGUAACUGAGGAUGGCCUUGAUCCUCCUGCCUGAACUUCCCAAGUGUUUGUUGGAAUUGCUGUGUAUGCUACCAUGCUCAGCUAAGAUUUUUUUUUCUUUUCUGAGACAGGGUCUCCAUUAUUGCUGUUCUCAAACAUAGCAUGCAGCUGAGGAUGAUCUUAAACUUCUGAUUCUCUUGUCUUCAUAUAUACAACUAUUUAAAACAGGAGAGUUCGAACCCUGUUGCUAGUUAUUCCUGGCAUUAAGAGGUCUCAAAUUGUAUGAUUUUGACACUGAUAUUUACAGGUUAGUGUUGGGAUGCAUGUUCCACUACAGUCAGUUUAUGUGGUACUUGGGAUGGAACCCUGGGCUUUGUGCAUGCUAGGCAAGCAUUCUGCCAACUGAACUACACCCCCAGCCAAAGAUUUCUUUAAAAGAAUAGUUCUAUUCAUGUCAACUUUCUAAGCCAAAUUAAUAUUAUCCCAAUAUCUAAUUUAAUUUUGCCAUAAUUUGGUGGUGAAGCCAAAGCUGAGACAGAUGAUAUCUGAGCUCUAGAUAGUGCAUGUGUGUAUCUUAAUGCAU